AUAGGAUGUUGGGGUAGGUGUUUUAAUUACUAUAUAUAUACCAGGGCAACAUGAAUGAUUCCAACAAGCAAUAAAGAGGAAUGUUGAAGAGAAUGACAAUGGAUUGUAGAGUUUUCUUGGUGUUGGUUUUUGUUGCUUUGAUUGUAGAAGGAGCCUUGGCAGCUCAACAUAUUGUUGGAGGAAGCCAAGGUUGGGAGGAAUCUACAGAUUUCAAUUCAUGGACUUCUGGUAAAAAAUUUAAGGUUGGAGAUCAACUAGUUUUUAAGUACACUUCAGGGCUACACAGUGUGGUUGAACUUGCUGGUGAGAGUGCCUACAAGAACUGUGAUCUUGGCAGUGCACUAGACUCCAUGAAUACUGGCAAUGAUGUAGUGAAAUUGAGCAAGGUGGGCACUCGUUACUUUGCCUGUGGUACCUUAGGGCACUGCGGCCAAGGCAUGAAGGUGAAGAUUACAACAGAAGCAGGAACUGCACCUUCUACACCAGACUCAUCUUCCUCAUCACCAGCUGCUUCCUCUGCCUCCAUUCACUCUUUUGCUUGUUCAUUUGUUCUGGUUGCUGCAUUAGUGGCCAGCAGUUUGCUAUAUUACAUGCUUUGAGCAAGUUAAUUAAGGUUAUUGGGUUUAAAGAUUGGGUUGAAAGCUAUUCAUUUUGUACGCUCGUUUGUGGAGUUUCUUAAAAUGUAGUUCAUUUGUGGAAUUUGUUUGUAGGUUGAGGAACAAAUCAUAAAAGUAUGCAUCUGUUGGAUAUUGUUCUUAA